GGCCGACCUCGCUGGCAGCUCGCCAGUCAGGGCGAAACCGUGCAGAGCAGCGAAAGCGCUUCUUCCUCCCCGUGUGCGCGUCCGUGUGUGUUUGUGCGGGAUUCCUCGGUGGAGCAGGGUGCAAGGAAAAGUUCCGGAACUGACCGCCCGACCCUCGGCAGCUCUCUCACGCGGCGCGAUUUGGAAGAGGAAGAAGGGAGAGGGUGCGAGCUGUCACUUUUCGGCAAAAUAAAACAAAAGCCUGCUGCGUGCGGGUGUGCGUGCAAGCGAUCGUCGGGGCCUGCUGCGAUCGGUUCGCUCCUAUUGUUCUGUUGUUCGGGACGUUUUUUUUCUCUCGUGGCCGGUGCCGUUCUUUCGAGAGUUCGCGUUCGGAUUAUUAACGAAGGAUGAUGGAAAAGGUGUGAAACGCUGGAGGAAUAAAUUUUCGUCGGUUUAUUUUUUAGUUCACGACCACUAGGCUGAAGCCUCCGGUUGACACACGGGUAAAUAUUUGAGAUAUUUGCGACGGGGUUCGUGUUUUUUUCGGCGACGGCCAAGGUGUGCUCAUAAAUCAGGUGUGCGAAAGAGGUACCACAUUCCGGAAGAAGGUGCAAACGUUAUUCACACGUUAUUCAUUGAAGGAAUGUUUCCCCAGCCGACGACGACGACGACAACGAGCUGAAAAAUAAUGGAAAAAGUGUUUCCGGUGCUGCUGGAAGCAAAGUGCUACAUUCCCCCUUCCCUCCGUUUCCGGCGUCCCCACCACUAAUCCAAGCCACAGUCCUGUUGCACGCUCUAUCCCCCACCCUCCAACAACACUACCACCACCACAAGUCCACGGAAGAAACAAAAACAACCGCAACACAUUCAAAAGCGACGCUUCAAGUGGAGAAAAAGCGCGCCAAGAAGAAAACACGGGACUCUUAAUUGUCCCAUUGUGUACGUGUGUGUGUGUGUGCUAGUGUGUAUGUGUGUUCCACUGAGCUUUAGAGCUCCACAAAUAGAAUAAUAAUCCUAGUAGGCGUUGCGCGCCGCAAGAAGUGAACGAAAAGAAAACUACGACGACGUCGACGACGAAGCAGGCCGAGCGAAAUCAUCAAAGCAACCCACCGUCGCGCGACACACAACCACGCGCCGACACGCAUACAAAUUACACUCUAAUUUCGAAAGCACCCCUUUCACUCGCAGCAGGUGUGUGUGUGUGUGCGCGUUCGUGCGACACAACUUGUACUCACAAAAAUGGAUAAAAUUUGGAUAACGUUCGUGCUGCUGAUCAUCGCACUAAUCUACGUGAAAACAAACGGACAAUCAGUACUGGACGUGCAACUUUCCGUGAAAAAAUACGUCGAACGGGGCAGCGAAGUAGGCCUGUACUGCGAGAACAACGCGGCGCCCGACAUCCUGUACAAGGUAACGUUCCUGAAGGGUGACGGUAAAAUAUUCGAGUACAUCAAGGGUCGGAACCCGCCCUACCGGAACUACUCGAUCCCGGGCGCCGAGAUAGAUUGGAAAAAGGUGACCCCCUCCCGGUUGAUGCUGAAAAACGUCGACUACGAGGCGUCCGGCUCGUACUACUGCGAGGUGUCCACCGACACGCCCAUCUUCACGAAGGCCUCCAACGACGAGCCGAUGCACGUGAUGCUUCCCCAGAAGGGACCACCCUCGAUCGAGUUCGCCAAGAACCAGCUCUACUACGGGGACAUGCUGGUGGCCAACUGCACGACGAGCAGGGCUCGGCCGGCGCCCCACAUCACCUGGCUAAUUAAUGGAAAACAGGUGGACGAGUCGCACGUUCGGCAGCUUCACCACAGCUCCAAGAACAGCCACCGAUCGCAGCAGUCCAAGUCGGCGCAGUUGGCGCUGUCACCGCAGACGGCGCCCUCGUACGUGUCGCAGUCGCAGUCCGUGUACCAUGGGCGGGUCAUCCCGAGCGCGGCGGCCGGAGUUAACGGGGGUGGCGGAAUCGGUGGUGGUGGAGGAGGAGGUGGAAACGGAGGUUCCGGUGGACACAGUCUGAAGGAGCUCAAGGCAAAGGCGCGGGCCGUCGACGACGAGUUGAAGGCGGCGAAGGCGGCGGCGGCCGCCGGUGGCCAGUACGGCGGCGGCGGCGGGUUCCAGAUCCAGCCCAACAUCGGGUACAACAGCUUCGACGGGGGUUACGGCUUCGGCAUGAAGAUGCACCACCGGGAGCGUAGCGGGGGCGUCAACGGGGCGGGCUCCAACAUUGGGGUGUUCAACAUCGGGGGCGACCGGAUGGGCGACGAGGCCGACGAGGACGAGGAGAGUGAGAAAAAGACUUUCUGGCAGCACGGUGGAGGAGCAGGUGGUGGUGGUGGUGCCAGUGGUGCCAGCGGAAAGGGGGACAACUAUCACAACUAUUAUGACAAUAAUGGCAAGCAGCAGUCGCAGUCGCAGUCGCACUUUGACAACUUUUACCGGAAGCAUCGCAACUCGUACGAGCACAAAUUCCGACGGCACGUGAACGACGCAACGAGCGGAACUGGCAACACUGGCGGUGGCCCGAUGGAGCCCCGGAAGGUGCACCGGGUGUCGGCCAGCUACAGCCAGCUGUCGAUCCGGAUCACGGAGGCGCUCACGAACAACCUGGGCCGGAUAGAGAUCACCUGCCUGGCGACGAUUCCGGCCCACGUGGAGCCGGGUGCCGAGUACGCCGACUACAAGACGUCGCUGAUUAAGCUCGACAUCGAGCAGAACGACCUGACGUCGCCGGAACCGUCGACGGGUUCGCUGGCGCACGCCAAAUCGGACGCCGUGCAGACGUCCAACUUCCAGGCGCCGGCGUCCGGCAUCUGCCGGAACCUGCUCGCAGUGCAGUGCGGGAUCGUGCUGCUGCUGUUGCUGUACCAGCGCCGGUCGGCGGCCGGCUGGUUCCUCGUGACGUCACUGUCGUAAUUUGGCAGCGGCACACGCCCCUCGGCGCGCUUCCUCCAGGGUGCCCCGCCUACGCCUACUACGAUUAAGAGAGAGAGAGAGAGAAACAGAGCUAAUUCUAGUGUUUUAGAAAAAAGUGGGAAAAUUGAUGUUUUUCGCGUGGUGUUUUUUUGUUUUUUUUGUCUCUCCACAAAAUGGUGCAGCUAAACGCGCGGUAUUUCCGGGCGGCGACAACACAGUAGGCGGGGUACUGGGCGGGGAAGGCGCGACCCUGAAGCACAAGGCGACGAGAUUUAGCAACCGUCGGAAACAAUAAGAAAUCCCAAUCUUGUACAGAGCCAAAGAACCCCGUGUACAGAACGUGAAGCAUCUUCACGAGAAAGGUUAGUUUUGUUUUUGACUUUCUUUUUUUUCAAAAAAAAAACAAGCGCAAAUGAUUUCCGCCAACACUGAUUUUCGAACGACUGUCGCUACUUCACACAAACAGACGAACUCACUUAAACUAAAAUGCUCGCGCGCGCUAACAAACAAUAGAAGUCAUUCAACCAAAACAAAACAAACACACGCUACUAAUUGUAACAUAAACGGUACCGUAAGUUUAGGGUAAGAAAAACAAGAAGAAAAUAAAACUGAAGGGAGCGAUCCCGAAAACAAAAAACAAUAACAUUGGAACAGUUGGACGUUAAAGAAAUGUCAAAAGUGUAAACAAAAAAAAGGGUUGAACGCGUGUGAGUGCGAACGAAGGAAUGAGUGAGUAUGCGUUUAGCGUGUACGCAAACGCCAAAUUUUUGACAGCUGUCAAAAACACGCGCGUGCACGCUGAGUUG